CUAAUAGAGUACACGAAAUUAUUAAGUCAUUCGCGUACAGUAACUUGAGAUGGGCAGCGCAUUGCAACUUAACGCUCGAAAAUACUAAAUUACAGCAAGAAAAUACGUACUUGCAAAAAUUUUUCUCUGCACUGGCCGACGUGGAUUUUUUGUAAAUGGAAAUCAAUUAAAAAUGUAAAAGUGUUUAAUGAAGCAAUUUUCGUAGAGUGGCUUAGAGAAAAUACCAUUUUUAGUGGAAAAAUUUCACUGUUGCGCAUUAUUGGUGUAAAAACUGUGUUGAGGAAAAUAAAAAAAAAUUAAUUGAGCAAAAGUGAAAAAAAUAAUACUGAAAAGACUAUAAGCUAUACUGAGCGUUUUUUGCAAUAAAUUUUUUAUAAAUGAUAAAAUUUUUUAAAAACUCAAAAAUGUAUACAUUAGAACUAAUGGAGCACAUUGGUGAUUACUUAAGCAACAUUAUGCACUUGCAAGUUACAGAAAUGGCGAAAGGCCAAGACCAAGAAAGUGUUAAAUCCAUACUGGGCCGUCACACAAAAAUUUUGGUCAAAUAUAUGGUUAAAUUGGAGACGAAAGGUGAUAAAACCGAGAAUCGCGUUUUGGUUUUCACGCCAGUUCGUAUAUAUUUGCUAAUCGCGAAGGUGCCCACAAAAAUCGAAUGCCACUUUCACUACUUGGACAUACAGGCAGUGGAAAGUAAAAAAUCCACACACUUCUCAAUCAUCACAAACGAUCGACCGUAUUCAUUUACAACAAGCUUUGAUGCGGGGAGCUUUAGUGCGAACGCUGAUGUUAUACUCACCGAUUUGGCAUCGGCAAUUAAGCACAUUUUUCCAACAGUUCCUCUCAAGUACAUCAUAAGAAGGAUCGAUAUACAACCGCCUGAACGCGAAGUUUUGUUCUCCGAAGAGUUUCGUCCCACAGAUCCGCGUAGUGUUGGUCCCUGUGGUGGUUUUAGCACCCAAUAUGCUUGUAUGUGUGACUUUCAUGGGGUGCCCUACAGAGAGGAAGUCGCUUGGGACAUUGAUACGAUUUAUUUAUCGCAUGACACACGCGUACUGAAUUUACGCGAUUUCGAUCAUUUGGAACCAAAAGACUUGAUGGCCAUUGUGUCCGCUUUGGAAUAUAAUACAUUUUUUCGUGGUCUAAAAGCAUCACAUAUGCGCCUCUCCAAUGAGACUUUGGAACGUAUUCUACACGUGCUCAAGCGUUCAAUGUGGCUGGAAGAGCUGCAUUUGGAGGCGUUAGGUUUAAGAUCGGAUUUUCUUCAUAAAUUAGCUGUAUCUGUGAUUACAAAUAACAAUCCCGCAAUACGUACGAUCGAUUUGAGUCAUAAUUUAAUUGAGGAUAAAGGUGCUAUACACCUGGCCGGCCCUAUUGCCAAAGUUUCGAAAGGUCUAUGUAAGCUGGCGCUCGCACAUUGUGGUCUAACCUCGAAGGGUGUAAAUCAGAUGUCGCAUUCAUUGUCGCUGAAUCAAAGUAUUUCCAAUUCACUCACACAUCUAGAUUUAAGUGGCAACAGUUUGAAGGAUGAUAUAACAAACCUACAUAAUUUUUUGGCCCAACCGAAUGUUUUGGAACAUUUGGAUCUGUCAUCGACUGAUAUAACAUUGGAGAAUUUAUUUGGUGCGCUUUUACGCGGUUGUGCAACGCAUUUAUCACACUUAAAUGUUUCACAUAAUUCUUUUAGCACAAAGAAAGGCAAAGAGAUACCGCCAUCGUUUAAACAAUUCUUUACGAGUUCAUUAAGUUUAAAGCAUUUAAAUAUUGCCGGCUGUAAAUUGCCAAUGGAGGCAUUGAAAAAUUUGCUACUCGGCUUAGCGUGCAACGAGUCCACUGCCGGACUGUAUUUAGAUUUAAGUAGUAACACAUUAGGUGCCCAGGGCGCGCAUGUUUUGGAAUCAUGUAUACACGGCGUACGUGUUUUACAAAGUUUAGACAUAAGUGACAAUAAUUUGGAUGCCGAAUUAGCCCCCGUUUUAACAGCGAUUUCGAAAAAUCCCUCAAUACGUACGCUUUACAUGACACGCAGUUUGACUGGCAUGAAAUUGAAACAUAUUCCCACAGUUAUGGAUGCGCUUGUUAAUCUAAUACAAAAAGAUGACUUCCCAUUAGCCGAAUUGGUGAUCUCUGAGAACAAAUUAAAGAAUGAUAUACACGAUUUCAUCAAUGCGCUGGGCAGUAAUCAAAGUUUGCAGAAAUUAGACAUCAGCGGCAAUUUUAUGGGUGAUGUGGGUGCGCGCCUGCUCGCCAAAGCCUUGCAAAUCAACAACAAAUUGCGCACAAUUUAUAUGGAUAAAAAUAAUAUAACACCACAAGGUUAUGCUGAUAUUGUUUAUGCGUUGGAAAAUAAUCACAGCAUGCGCACCAUACAAUAUCCCGUCUAUGACAUCACACCACAUAUGAAAAAUCACCCGGAAAAGACCGAUACGAUUAUGCGUAAAAUGCAAGAGCUCUUACAGCGCAAUUGUAAUGGACGCACAAAUGGACAAGGUUUCCGCCUGCAGCACGGCUUUAUGCUCUCCUCAACACAUCAGCUAGUCGAUAAGCUGGUAGCCGAAACACAAGAUAACAUCUCAGUGGCAAAGGGUAGCGAUUCAUCGGCAGUGCAACGGCUUAUUGAUGAUGCAGAAAAUUGUAAACAGCUAAUGCCAAAAUUACAAGAGGCCGUGCGUUGUGAAUCGCAUCCGGUGGAAAUAAAACUGACGCGUAUCGCUAGUGAUCUCAGUUACACCAUACAAGGCUAUCUGGAAGAGACGUUGGAGACAAUGUUGCGCACCGCAGUGGAGCAGUGUCCCAAAACAUUGGGGAGUCAAAUGGUAAUACAAGACUUACGCAAAGUGCUCGGUGAACGACUACAAAUACCAGAAGAUUUUCUACAAAGCUGUCUGCUAAAUAAUGCCGGCAGUGAGAUCAUGAACAAAGUGGGCGAAAUUGAACAAUCAUUAGCAGCGUCCAUUUCAGAUCGAGCCACCGAUGAGGUACUGGAGGCGCUUACACGUUAUCGACGCGGCUUAGGCAUUGCAGAUUCACCAUCUGUGCUGCUCGAUGAACCACAAACGCCGGAUAUUGUGCGCAGUCGCUCGAGUCAUGAUGCUGACGGUUUGAUAAUACGCCCAGGACGUGGCUCAGUUUUACCCAAAAUGGGUCUGGAAUCGCCCACUGCCACACCACAUAUGCCCACCAAGCGACGUUCGGUUGCACGCAAAGUGCGUCCACAAUCCGUUGUCGAGAACCUUAGCUUGGGUCAUAUACCCGAUCUGCUUGAAUCACCCUCUUCGCACCGCUCAUCAUCACAACUGUCGCCACGCGAUUCGAAUGGUAUGGGCGCUAGCGUUGCUGGUACAACCACCGGUGGCAGUGGUAACGGUAUAGAUGAUUUAGGCGGUGAUGAGUGCGGUGACUCUAUUACGGAAUUGCCAAGCGCGUCGUUUCAAUUGCAACAUUUGGUUAAGGGACGUCCAAAACGUGCUAAGACGCGUGCACCCACACGCCCGCUGGUUGCAGUGGACAAUAGUGCUGGACCGAGCACGAAGGAGAUUGGCGAAGGUCUAGAUUUAUUCUUUCGUCCGGGCUCUGUAACGCCGACCACAUUGACGCCACUCAUUUCACCCACCUCCGAGGAGUGCAGUUCGCUGUCGUUUGUUGAUAGUCCAACAAUGAGUCGUGAUGGCAAUGGGCAUUUGACGUCCGAAGAGACUACACCAAUUUUGGAAGAACGCAGACCCAUUAAAUUGGAUAGACAGUCACCGCUGUUGAAGGGUAAAUGUGCACCUUGGACUACGCGCUCACGUUCCACAGAUAAUUUGGAAAAAUAUUCACCUUUGAUUGGCCGCAAAUCGCCGCUGGUGAAGAUGCGCACAGAAGGUAGCAGCGCAGUUGCAAACGAUGAAGUGAAUUCGGUGCUUAAAGCUCCAGAACGAGAGAGUAAAAUGCGUUCACCUAGCACCGACUCUAUACGCAGCCACACUGGUGGCGAUGGCAUUAGUGUUAAGACCACAAACGGUGUCAUACGCACGCCAAUAAUCCUUCAGAAGCCACGUCCUUGGUCUGUGGUUGGCAGUGAGCCUAAAGCGCCUGGUACUAAUGAUUUCCAAAGCAGUGAUUCCAGCAAGACGACACCCGAAAAACUCGAUGAAGAUGCUGAGUCGUUAUCGUUUAGUCAGAGUAGCAACAACGUCGGCAGUACGUCAGGUCCAGCUUUAGAGAAAAAAUCUGUUAGGGAGCUUGCGGCGGGUCUAAACCGCUUAGAUCUGCCAAUGAAGCCACAAGUUUUGCCGAGAACACUACUCACCGGCGCAUCCGCGGUAUCCAAGUCAGCGUCCACCUCGCACAUCACUAGCACGAACAGUAGUAGCAUUAGCAGUAGUAGUGCGAGUAGUAGGAGUAACAGUAAUAGUAACAGUAGUACAACAACAUCGGUAACAACAACAACCACAACAGCAUCAACAAAAAUGCAACAAACGCAACGCAUGAGAAUUACAAGCAAUAGCAGUAGCUCAGCAACCACAACAACAAGCGUGAACACCUCUAAGUCGUCAAGUGGGACAGUGAAUGGUAAUGAAGAUAAUGAAACAUUGCUCACCAAAACCGUUAUCACUGAAAACGGCAAUGGCAGCAGCAGUAGCAGUUUCAUAACGAAUGAAAUCAUAAGCAUACGUAACGGUACUAGCAACAGCAGCAACAACAGUGCCAACACAACCGCUUCCACCACACACACCGCCAACCGCGAUAGCACCAAUACGAAUGCAAGUGAAAGCAAUAUAAGUGAUCGUUUCAGCAGUGGCAGUAAUGCAUCGAGUUUGGGUAUUCCUGUCGGUGGCUUUAAGCGCAUAGCGGGCAAAGAGAUAUCUGCUUUAUUCGAGGAGACAUUAGUUGAAGGCCUACAACGCUCUUCGACUCGACGAUUGUUUAGAGAUACACAAUACACUAAGGAAGAUGUUGUUGAUUUGUAAAACAUCUCGAGUACAUACACAGAAAUUUAAAUGGAAUAAAUUAGAUUGCAGAGAACCGCAGUGACGUAACUGCUAUUCCGACAACAGCAAUUUGGGGUAGUAAGCGUGUAGUAAAAUGUUGAAAAAAGAGUAAUAAUAAUAAUAAUAAUUAAAGUAAAGAAAAAGAACUUAUUUAAUGGAUGAAUCAAGUAAAUGCAAAUUACAUAUUAAACAUUGAAUGCAUAACGCACACUGCACAUAAUAUGUUUGUAUGUAGGUUAGAGGGCCAAAAAUAAUGAUUGGGAAACAAAAUGUAAAAAAAAAUAAUCUUUAUAAAAACAUAAUACAAGUGUCGAAAUUUUAUUAAUAUUUUUAUUUUAAUUACACUCUCACUCGUGCAAUCAUUCUGAGCCUUAUUAUUUUAUAUUUAAUCAAAAUCUAUCUUGUGCACUAUUUCCGCAUUAUCAAGUACAUUUAUUUUUCGAAAUAUCAUUAAAAUAUUUGCAUUCCUUGCAGAGCGAAAGUAUUUCCAAUGUAAAGUAUAUUCUUAUAUAUAUACAUAUAUAUAAUUAUAUUAAACUAAAAAUUUGGUUUAUAUUAUGCGUUUAGUUUUAACUAUACUUUUAAUGAGUUAUGUAUGCUUGUUUGUAUGUAUGUAUGAAUAUGUUUUAUUCUCUUUUUGUUAACUGCCCGUUAAUAAGGGAUGAUCAUAAUAGUGAUGUUAAUUUACGAUAUGAUAAUAAUUUCGAUAUGAAACACUAAUAUUUACUAUAAAUUUAAAUUUAAACAAAAACAAAUUAAUGUAUAUGUGUGCGCGAGUUUUGUAUUAAAUCCAAAAUUGUACGAAUGUGUUUACAUAUGCUGAUAUACAUUUCUAUAUAAAUAAAAUAUACAUGUAUGUAUGUAUGUAUUGAUUUUAAGUGCCAAUCAUAUUUUAUGAACAAGUGAAUAACCUUUAAUAAAUAAAUGAAUAAAAUAAAAAAAUUUAAUUAAUAAACCAA